ACCAUUUCGUUGCUUAGGCAGAUAUCACAGACAUUUGAGAAGAAGAAAAGCAGUGUGGUUGUUUUGCCAUGGCGAGUCUCCGGGUGAUCGAGCUCUACAGUGGGAUAGGAGGGAUGCAUUAUGCUUUAAAGGACAGUGGCAUACCUUACCAGGUAGUUGCUGCCAUCGACAUAAACCCCACGGCCAAUCAAAUCUAUAAGCACAAUUUCCCAGACACCCCCUUAUGGAACAAGACCAUUGAGGGCAUCACACUUGAUGACUUCAACAAAUUAUCCUUUGACAUGAUCCUGAUGAGUCCUCCUUGCCAGCCUUUUACCAGGAUAGGACUUCAGGGAGACAUUGCCGACCCGAGAACAAAGAGCUUCCUCUACAUUCUUGAUCUCCUGCCAAGGCUGUGCAGGCGUCCCCGUUUCAUCCUGCUGGAGAAUGUGAAAGGCUUCGAGACCUCCUCUGCCAGGGAGCGUUUGGUGAAAACUCUGAUGGACUGUGGAUACACUUAUCAGGAGGUCAUGAUCUCACCAACGAGUGUUGGGAUUCCAAACUCAAGACUGCGGUAUUACCUGAUUGCUAAGAGUUCCACUGAAAACUUCAGUACAGACACGUGUUCAAAGAUUUUAGAGGCCUUCCCACAUUCUGCUGACAAUGAUUGUCCUGCCUUCCUGAAUCCUGCUGAGAGUAAUCCCCCUGAGGAGCCCACAGUCUCCAGCCCUUCUGAUCCUGAUACCUGCCUGACAGAAGAAGAAGAUCCACAGAGGGAUCAGGUCCUGUAUAAACUAGAGACAAGGAUGGAUGCCCAGAGGAAGAUGAAUCAGAACAAAGAUGUGUCAGUCAGACAAAUACAAGACUUCCUGGAGCCACAAAUAGAAGUCAACAUGGAAAACUAUCUCCUUCCUCCUAAAACUCUGCUGCGAUAUGCUCUGCUCCUAGACAUUGUUCAGCCCACAUGCAGGAGGUCUGUUUGCUUUACCAAAGGCUAUGGCCGCUACGUAGAAGGAACCGGCUCGGUGCUGAAGUGCUGCAUGGAAACAGAGAUGGAGAGUGUGUUUGGAGGCCUUGACCAGUACUCUGAAGAAGAGAAACUCCAGCAGCUGUUGAGACUGAAGCUUCGUUAUUUUACUCCCAGAGAAGUUGCCAACCUCAUGGGUUUCCCUCAAAGCUUCUCCUUUCCAGAGCAGAUCUCGACCAAGCAGAAGUACAGAGUUCUAGGAAACAGCCUCAAUGUUGUGGUGGUGGCAAGACUCCUGCAGCUGAUGGUCUCCUAGCUGUAAAGACUGGAGAAGGACAUUUUAUUUAUGGAGAAGAACGGUGCUGUGCCUGAAAGUGUACUUAUUGUGGGGGACAUGUCUGCUACAUUUGUUAAGAAAUACUUCACUGUGUCAAUUCAAGCAGUAUGUGUCUUAAAGCUGGACUUGGAUAUUGUUUUGUUUUUUUGUGAAGAGAAAAAAACAUUUUAUUAGGAUAAAGUGAAAAACGAGCAAGUGAGAUUUUCCAAGAUUAUUUAAUAUCUACCACUAUUUAUUUAUGAACAUAAUCUUGGCAUCUUCUACCACUUGGGUUAUCCGUCAUUUUUUUUAAGCGUUUCUUUCAUCAUCAAACUUCAGAGAAAAAUCUUAAUGUAAUUUAGACUAGAGCCUGACCGAUUUAUCGGCCAGCCGAUAACAUAGGUCGAUAUUAGUGCUAGCAGUUCUCUUUCACCAGCAGAGUGCGCUAUAUGGAUUACAAUAGACUGUAAAUAUUAAUAAACGAAGCCUGAGUGACAUCACCCAUCUUUUACGGCAGGGGGCUCAGGAGGAUCAUCGGCAGCAGCCGCCGUGCUGGAAAUGCUUUCUCAGCCUAACUUUCAGACAGUAUAAUGAAGACAAGAUGGUCUUCCUAAUUAGCCGAUACUGAUUGUCACUGGAUAACUAAUAUCGGCCGAUAUUAUCUGCUGGCUGAUGAAUCGGUCGGGCUCUAGUUAAAACCUUCAUUAUUGUAAACAUAAUACAUUGUCUAAUAGUUUGAAUGAUGAGGGAAACAGAAGGGGGACAAAACUAAACUGUAUAUUUAUGACUGUAUGUACUUUUUAAAAAUAUAAUUAAAUUGUUUUGGAAAAAAAAACUGUUCUGAAGGUCUUCAGCCUCACCUGUUACCUCCUCCACCUGCCUUCCCAAGAAUUCUAGUCUGUUACGCUUUUGAUGGUUUUUGUGUUGCCUUUUACUGUUUUUCCCAGUGACUGCAGUCGUCUGUUUUAUAUCUGUCCCGCUCGCUGGCUGGUUUCUUAGAUUUCUUUGCCAAUCGUGAUUUCUUUGUUUGUGCAGCGGUCUCUGCAGACAGCUUAACUUGUAAGAGUAAACCACUUCUAACAUCCAGCUGGUCCUCCAGGGGUCUACGUGCAUAUGAAUGCAUUGAGGAGUGAAAAUCCUCAUUCAUGUCCAUAAUGUUUGAAUAAGAAAAAAAUAAAAAAAUAGGUGCAAAAAAAGAGUUCUUCUUGUCCCUCCUGGACCUCCUGAUGGCCAUCCCACCCCAGAAAUAGGAGAGGUGUUAUUGAACCCAGCUCACCUGCACUUAAAGCUAUAGGAACAUGGUGUUCUGAGCAGGGCUGGAGUAGAGAGGUUUAUAGGCAUGAUCAAAUACAGGAUAACUAAAUCACUAUUCUAUUCUUUGUGUACCUUGAAUUAAAGUUUUGUGUUGAGGUGGUGCACCAAUACAAGUACCUGGGGACCAUCAUCGAUGACAAACUCACCUUCGAGCUCCAAACUGAAGCUGUCUGCAAAAAAGCUCAUCAGCGUGUGCACUUUCUGAGGAAGCUUGGGAAUUUUAAUGUUGACAGCACUUUUAUGAAAAUGUUUUAUUCCUGUUUCAUUGAAUCAGUUUUAACAUUCUGCAUGGUGACCUGGUACGGGUCACUCAGCAUCAAAAACCGCAACAAAAUGCAGAGCAUUGUCAAACUGUGUGCCAGAAUCACAGGAUCGUCCCUUUCUAACCUUUCUUAUUUAUAUAGAACAAAGUGUCUUAAGAAAGCACAGUCAAUCUUGGCAGAUCAAAGUCAUCCUUUGUCCAAGGAUUGAAGUUGCUGCCGUCAGGCCGCAGAUUCAGCCUGCCAGCAUGCAGGACAAAGAGGACGAGAAAAACUCUUUUCUUCCUGCUGCCAUCACCUUUUUAAACCACUAACUGUGUUGCCUCUGUUUCUUAUCUAUUGUCCUUUCUAUGUUGUUUGCUCAUUUCGGGCUGUAUGUAUGUGUGUGUUUUACUGCUGACUGCAAAACAAAUUGCCCUCUCGCAGGGAUAAUAAAGACAACCUUGAACCUUGAACCUUGUGGCUUCCUCCCAGUGCUCCGAAUAUCUCUCCCCUCAGUCUUCAUUAUUUCCCAACAGACCCCGCCCAAGCUUGUCAAGGCUGAAUAACAGCAUUAUGUACCGCAAGGUUUCUGUUUUUCAGUUAUCGUUUGAGCAGAGUGGGAACUGAUCAUUUCAAUGACAUGGAGCAUGUUGUGUUGCUGCUGGUUUUUGUUGCUCCCGUGGUUUACUGCUAUAGUUCAGGUCUAGUUACGGACAGCUGUAAAGACAUGCGACCACACCACUCUGGAGUGAGCCCGCAGACAGAUCCUGCACCCUUUAAUGUCACUACAGACUACAACAAGUACACACUUGGAGAGGUGGUGACAGGUAAGGAUUAGGCUAAUCUCUAAUGGGUUAAAAUGCAAAUAUAGUAAGGUAGUCAAUCAAUAAAAAAAAAACAAGUCUGAUUCCAUCUUCUGCACUUUAAUGAUUUGUUUAUUUUUUCUGUUUUUAUUGUCAGCGCAAAUUCAGCACUUUGGGUUUCCAAAGCUAGAAGUUAAAUCUAUUACUAAGAUAGUCAUGUAACAUUUGAUUGCUCAUUAAAUCAAUCACUCUAAUAUUAGAGAAUUUUUGUGAAGAGAAAAAAAAGUUUUUAGAAUGAUAAAGUGAAAAACGAGCAAGUGAGAUUUUCAAAGAUUGUUUAAUAUCUACCACUAUUUAUUUAUGAACAUAAUCUUGGCAUCUUCUACCACUUGGGUUAUCCUUCAUUUUUUUUAAGCGUUUCUUUCAUCAUCAAACUUCAGAGAAAAAUCUUAAUGUAAUUUAGACUAGAGCCUGACCGAUUUAUCGGCCAGCCGAUAACAUAGGUCGAUAUUAGUGCUAGCAGUUCUCUUUCACCAGCAGAGUGCGCUAUAUGGAUUACAAUAGACUGUAAAUAUUAAUAAACGAAGCCUGAGUGACAUCACACAACUUUUACGGCAGGGGGCUCAGGAGGAUCAUCGGCAGCAGCCGCCGUGCUAGAAAUGCUUUCUCAGCCUAACUUUCAGACAGUAUAAUGAAGACAAGAUGGUCUUCCUAAUUAGCCGAUACUGAUUGUCACUGGAUAACUAAUAUCGGCCGAUAUUAUCUGCUGGCUGGUGAAUCGAUGAGGCUCUAGUUAAAACCUUUGUUAUUGUAAACAUAAUACAUUGUCUAAUAGUUUGAAUGAUGAGGGAAACAGAAGGGGGACAAAACUAAACUGUAUAUUUAUGACUGUAUGUACUUUUUAAAAAUAUAAUUAAAUUGUUUUGGAAAAAAAUAAACUGUUCUGAAGGUC